AUGCCCGCCAAUGGCUACCACCGAGUCUUCAAUGACAGUGGCAAUGUCGAUGCUUCUCCUCACUCUUCCGCUGCCGUGCGGGCAUUGUACCGCUUCAACAACCAGCUUCUCGCACCCAUCAUAGCGCUCACCAGCGCCGAGCAGUCAGACACGACCUUCCCUGCACCGAUGUGUCAAGGCUUGUUUCCGCGGUUCAUCCCGCAGCUAGUGGACAAUGCCGAUGCUUGGAGGGCCCGCGGAGGAAUUAAGGCUGCUCAGGUCACGGCGGCCGUAAAUUCGUGCGAGGGGGGAUGUGUGCAUCUGAUCAUUGCCAAUGGAGGCCAAAUCUUCAUACGAUCCCUCAUCCACGACUGGCAGUCGAGAACAAGAGCCCUGCUGAAGCUACUGGAAGAGGCAGUAUCCGGUGCAAGCUGGGCAGAAAAGAUGGAGUUGGAGGGCACAGAGCUCGUUUGGAGUACGGCUGACAAGGAUGGAUUCCGGCAAAAUGGCGGCGAUGGAGCUGGCUGGGUACUGGACAAGCGGGUGACAGAUCCACUAGGUCAAUUCCUGAUACCCGACUUCUCUUUUCAGGGAUGGCCCGAGGCCGGCAUCGCCUCCUACAAAGAAUUCCGGCGUGAUGCUCGGGAGACUGACGAGGCAUGGCCCUGGAGUAAGAAGCACGACAAGGUCUUCUGGAGAGGAGACCCCAACGUUGGCGCUCCACCGCGUCUGGAUCUCAUGAGGCAAGUGCGGGAAAAGGGAGCCGAUGCUUGGAGUGACGUCAAGAGGACGAGCUUCUGGGAGACUGGUCCCGAUAUUGCUCCUACUAUCACACCGGCGGAGCACUGCCAACACCGGUAUCUGUUCCACUCAGAGGGAAAUGCCUACUCGGGACGAUCGAAGUUCCUUCUCAACUGCAUCUCUACGGUCAUCACCCACAACAUGACCUGGACACAGCACUUCCAUCCAGCUAUGAUCACUGCAGAAGGCGACCCUGAUCGCAAUGUCAUUCUGAGCUCGAAUGGCGAUGGACUGUUUGGCGAUCUGGCCGCAUUGAUGAAGAAGCUUAAGGCUGAAGAGAGCCAACCGCUGCGCUUUGGUAUCUCUACUGCGCAGCAAGUUGCGCUCAAUGCCCAACGCACUCUGGGCCAGCGUUAUUUGACGCCGGCAGCCACGGCAUGCUACUUCAGGGCGGCGCUCCUGUCGUAUGCCUCUGUCCUGGAUCGUGCCUCUUGGCCGGGUGGACAAGGUCCUCAGCUGAAGAGGGGAGGUGGGGUCAAGCCUGGAGCGGGAGCAGGGGACAACAGGGGCGCAGUGAAACUCAAGGCGAUGCAUCUGGAGGGAGACAUCGAGCUCGGGACGUGGGAGCUACUGGGUGGCCCAGAGUGGAACUGGCCGCCUCCAAACUAG